UGGCGUGACGAUCGUAGGCUUCCUAGGCCUUUCGUCAUUCAAGGCUCUUCGCUGAGCCACAAAACCGGUGUUAGAGCGCAACCAAUUCUAACACCGGGCCCAUUGGGGUUAGGUAACUUCCUAGGUUACCUGAUCCUCAAAUGGGAUGAAAUUGAAGCACAUAAAACCGGUGUUAGAGCGCAAAAUCCUAGACCAGAUUAUAAAAUCGCAAAAUCCUGGGAAAAGGAACGUACACGCAAACAAGUUCACCUACACCAACCAAUAAAUGUAUCUGUAAAAGGGUCAAUUAACACAGUUAACGGGGGGAAAGUUGGAACCAUCAAAAACAAACAAGAAAAUUCUCCACUCAGAAGGACACCGAGAAAAAUAAAUAGAGUAAUUUACGCUGAAAACUCAAAUAAAGUGAAUAAUAUCAGCAAGCGAACCUACGAAGAAGUAUCAGAUGAAGAUUCUGAAGUACAUGACGACGAGAAUGAAGAUGAGGAUGUUGACGAAGAUGACGACGAGAAUAAAGGCGAAGAUGACAACAAAGACAAGAAGGCCAAGGAGAGAAAGAAGUUGGAGAAAAAGUUGAUUGAUGAUUUUAUUUCGAGAUUUAAGGCGAUAAAUGCGGACGACAAAUGGAACCUUCCUUCGGGCAGAUUUGUUGAAGACGUCUUAUAUGAUUGGGCAGUGACCCAUCGUUCUGAGACACUUGCACACUCAUUUAUAUUAGAUACUGAUUGUCAGGAAGUUAUGGAUUUGUUUAGUCCUGAGGAAAAGGAGACAAUUUUAAACACUAAUAAAAAGUCUUUUCCGGCCGUACAAGAUGAUAUCAAAAAAUAUGUCAUGAAAUAUUACAAGAAAAAUGUCGACGAUCUUCGAGAAACCGUCAUGGAACCAUAUUUGAAAAACGGGGAAACCUAUAAUUCAAAAUUACAUUAUGAUUUGGAGUGGAUCCACUUAGUGUUCAAUAAAUUUGUUAUUGAAUGGGAGCAAGGCGUGAAUGCAUUAGCAGAGGAUAAUUUGGAAGCAUGGAUUGUAAGUCAUGUAUGGACUUUUAUUGUUGAUAUGGCAUUAAAGGACAUUGAAGAAACCAAAAUAGGAAAAUCAGAUGGUGGUUCGUUUGCAUCAAAAAUGCGCAAAAACAAAAAAAGAAAAAUAGGAAAAUCCAUUAUUCGUGGCAGGAAGAUCGACAUAUUACUAAAACUUCGUAAUAGUUCAAGAGAAAUACUAGCUGGAGAGGUAGCUAGAACAGGAGGCAUUCACGAUAAAAAAUAUUUAGGAGAUAGAAUGAAACUAUUAAAGCUCAUGAAAGAUAUGUUCGAUACGAUAAUUGAAUCACUUCCGCCAACUACAAUUAAAAAUUACGAGUGUCUUUGUACAUUUGGAAUACAACUUUUCAAAAAUAAAGGCACUGUUUACAUUAUGGAUCGCCCUAAAGGAGUUAUUUCGCGAUUAACCAAAAAAGCACAAUUAGAAGCUCCUAUAUAUAUUGAAGGCAUUUGCGAACUAAUUUUGUCUAUAAUUACAAUGUUGGAAUUGAAGAUAACUAUCGAUAAUUCUGACCCGGUUGUUCGCAUUAUCGGGCAACAAGUUGCGUUAUGCACAGACAUAAGUGAAAGCGAUGUUUUGUUUUCAGGAAUAAUCAAUACCACCAAAAAAUUGGCUAUAAAUCAAAAUUUUCUUUACAAGAGAAAUGAUAAGCGUGUCAUGGAAUCAACAUGGAAACAUGACAUUGUUAAUGAUAUAAAAAGAUUGAUCUUUCAUGAUAUAGAUGAUUUUGCGGUAGAGUGCUCCAGUGAAAGCACACGAAAUCGCAAUUCAAAAAAUGGCCCGGACAAAAAGCCAGAUUUAAAAGGAUGUCUUAGUGUAAAGUAUCAUCUUCUGGAAGUAUUUUUUGCGGAAGUAUCUUCUGGUCCGUUUGAACCUACAUCCACUUCUAGAAAGCAUGAAGAAGAUGAUUAUAAAAAAUUGAUUUUACUUUCAAAAGAUGCUUAUAACUUUAUACGAGAGAAUUAUUCCAGUGAUGACAAAAAUUCAAAGAAAAAUCUCAAAAUAAUCGAGGAAGUUUGUACUAAUUAUGCAUCCGAUGAGGAACACGAUCAGAAUUUGAAAGAAAACCUGAGUGAUCAUGAGUUAACAAAUGAAGAACAAGAAGAUUCAUCUUCAGAUGAAGAUGUAGAUGGUUCAUCUGGGGAUUUGACUGAUAGUUCCGAAGAAUUAAGAAAAUGUAAAAAUGGAUCAUUAGUUUCGACAAUUAACAAUAAUUAA